AUGCCCCUCCAGGAGCACGCCCUGGCCCUCUUCCGCAGCGCCGUGGGCACCGUCCGCCCGGCGCCCAUGCUGCAGAGGGCCGUGAAGCUCCAGGAAGACGGGUGCCCGCAGCUGCUGGUGAAGGGCCGGGCCUUUCCAGUGAAGAAGGACCUGUACCUGGUGGGUUUUGGAAAAGCUGUGCUGGGGAUGGCUGCAGCAGCAGAAGAGAUCCUGGGAGACCACCUCACUCGGGGGAUCAUCAACGUGCCGCUAGGCAUCCAGGGGAGCCUGCAGCGAGCGGGAAUGCAGGAGAUGCUCCUGAAGCCACACAGCAAAAUCCAGGUCAUUGAAGGUGCCAGGAACAACCUCCCAGAUGCAGAGGCUCUGAAGGGAGCAGUUGCCAUCAAGGAGCUGGCCGAGAGCCUGACUGCAGAUGACCUGCUCCUUGUGCUCAUCUCAGGGGGUGGAUCAGCCCUCCUGCCUGCUCCCAUCCCACCCAUCCUCCUCGCAGAGAAGGAGAAGCUCACAAAGGCGCUGGCUUCCCGAGGAGCUGCCAUACAGGAGCUGAAUGUUGUCCGGAAGACUCUGUCCUUGCUGAAAGGUGGAGGGCUGGCCCGGCUCGCAUAUCCUGCACAGGUGGUGAGCCUCAUCCUUUCUGAUGUGAUUGGUGACCCCUUGGACAUCAUAGCGAGUGGCCCCACCGCUGCCAGCUCCCACAGCCUUCAAGACUGCCUUCAGAUACUCACCAAAUACAACCUGCUGCACAACCUGCCCAAGUCAGUGGAAAUGGUCCUGUCCAGCUCUCCCACCAAGCCCACUGCUCCAGAAGACUACUCCCACGUCUGCAACGUCAUCAUCGGUUCAAACACGCAGGCUUUAGACGAGGCCAAACGCCAGGCUGAGGGCCUGGGCUACGCAGCUCUGAUUCUGAGCACUUCAGUCUGCGGGGAAGUCGGGCGCGUCGCCACACUGUACUGCCAGCUGGCCCAGCUGGUCUGCCUGGGCCUCGCCGCCCCCCGAGACGGGCUCCUGAGCAAGCAGGUGAGGGCUGGCCUCCUGCAGCUGGCAGCAGAGCUGCAGGUCCCGGGCUUGAACCUCGCCGAGUUCCUGGAGGCUCUGCGAGGGUUAGAGCCUGAAAAACCAGUCUGCAUCCUGGCCGGCGGAGAAACCACGGUUCGGCUUCGAGGAGCCGGCAAGGGAGGGAGGAACCAGGAGCUGGCCCUGCGCGUGGGGCUGGGGCUGCACAGGGCGUGGGCUGCGGGGGCCAGCAGCCCCUCGGGGAGGUGUGAGCUCAUCUUCCUCAGCGCGGGGACGGAUGGGCAGGAUGGGCCGACGGAGGCAGCGGGAGCCUUCUGCAGCCCCAAGCUGGUGGCAGAGGCGCUGCGGGAGGGCCUCGACGUGGAGACCUUUCUCAGCAACAACGACUCCUAUACGUUCUUCAGCCAGUUCCAAGGUGGGCAUCACCUCCUGGUGACAGGCUUGACAGGCACCAAUGUCAUGGACAUCCAUGCCCUUUUGAUUCGAGGCACGGAGAGAUG